AUGUCUAUACUAAUUACUGGUGCCGGUGGCUAUGUCGGCCAAGAAUUAGCUGCUGCUUUUCUCGCGAAAACACCUUCGUCCACGACAGUGACCAUCACGGAUGUUGUUGAACCCAAAGUCCCUCAGUCUGCUACCCAGCACGCCAGUCGGCUGAACUGUGUGCGUGCAGACCUGACCUCACCUAAAGAGGUUGACGAAUUGAUCAGUGCUUCGCGCCCCUUUGAGACUGUAUACCUUCUCCAUGGAAUCAUGUCUAGUGGCGCCGAGGCGAACUUUGAGCUAGGAACUCGAGUUAAUCUCGACUCAACGAGGUACAUUCUCGAUCGACUACGCACUACUAUGCCCGGGGUAAAGGUGGUUUUCACAUCUUCACUCGCAGUCUACGGUCUCGCACCACCAGGGCUCCUUCCCGAUGAGUUCAACUUCCCUCCUGUACCUUCGACCUCUUACGGAUCGCAAAAACUCAUCAUUGAGACUUUGAUAACGGAUUACUCUCGACGUGGUUUCAUAGACGGCCGCUCUGUGAGACUUCCAACCGUCACUGUCCGUGCAGGCGCACCGACGCAGGCUGCAAGCAGCUUUGCCAGCGAUAUUAUCCGCGAGCCAUUCCACGGCAAGAAAGCUAUUCUUCCUGUGAAGAGGGACGUUGAGAUGUGGAUCUGCUCGCCGCAUACUAUUAUUAAGAACUUGAUUCACGCACGCGAUGUUCCUGCGGAGGAAUUUGGUGUCUCGCGGUCAGUUAAUCUUCCUGGGCUGAGGGUCAAUGUGCAGCAGAUGUUGGAUGCUUUGGAGGCUGUUGGUGGUAAGGAGCGAUUGGCUUUGGUUGAGGAGAAGUUUGAUGCUGCUGUCGAUAAGAUUGUGCAGACAUGGACUCCGGAAUUUUCUAAUGAGAGGGCAUUCAAGCUUGGAUUCUCGCCAGAUAUUUCCAUGGAGGAGAAUGUUAAGCACUUUGCGAGUGCAUUUGUAUAA